UGUUGAUCGUAGUGGUGGAAGCAGAGAGAAAGAGAGAAGAAGGAACGAGAGGAGAGAGAUCGGGCGCGCGCUUUUGACUCGCCGCCGCCGCCGCCGCUUUGAACUCGAACUGUUUUUAGUAUACACUUGUAACGGGGAAAGCGAGGCGCAGGAAGAUGACUGGUGCCGCCGGGACGAUUACCGCCGCUGCCGCUACGACGUAUAUGUGCUGAUCUGUUCUGUUUUUUAUUGCGCGCGACGCAGCGACCAGAGCGUUUUGUUCCCGCGGAGCGAGGAGCCGCCGUCUUUGAUCCAGUACACUUACUACACUCGUUUAGCGCAGCCGAAGCGAGCGAGAUGGGAGUAGCUCGCUGUGAAAGGAUGAAGCAGAAGAUCCUCGUUGUCGCCGCCGCCGUCCUCCUGUGCAGCCUCAUCGGCACUGCCCAGGCACUAUGGGACGCCGGCGAGGAGGACCAGUGCGACUUCGCCGUCCGGGAGAUCAUGAACGAGGACCGGGCGACCGUAGUCGAUGAAUCUCCAUCGAGACUUCAUGCUGUUUGGAUAUCGCAAGAGUGCGAGAUCCGAGCUGGACCGGAGUUCGUCAUCCGCAAGUACAUAUUCUUCGAGAACGGCACGUUCCAGCUGAUGAGACACUACUACGCCGAGGAAUCGUGCAGCAUAGCGACGCACUCGGUGACUGCCCGAGGCCAAAUCAAAAUCCUCGGCAGCUCGCUCGCGGCACCCGGCGCCAGCGAGGCGCGCUAUCAGCUGGAUACCGUACACGUCUCGCCGCUUAAUCGGCAGGUCGCGCACAAAUUGAGCCACCGCGUGAACGUGUCGUGCGGUCCUCAGCCGCGCUGGCGGCCCUACAUGGCUCAGCUGAUCUACGAGCGCGCCCCCGAGAGAGGACCACUGACCUGGCACGCAGCCCCGAGGUUCAACUCGCUGCACGGCAACAGCGGACACCACCAGCACCAGCAGCCCCAGCAGCGACGUUCGCUCGAGGUCAGCAGGAGCGUCGACUGUCUCUCGCCUCUGGGGAUCGACUUCGACGAGCUGAAGCUGCUGCGGGUGCAGAGCAGACCCACCGGUUUCCGAUCGGCCGCCUUCGGUGGCAGCGAAAAGCCCAGGGUCGAGCUGUUCCUGGGUGAAUUGCCUCCCGACCAGGCGUCCAAAAGGUCGCACAGACCGACUUCGCUCCAGCCCACCGCGCUUCUGCGAACCGAUACCAUCCACAACUGCCCGAUAUGCGGCGCGAUCUCCCGCGGCACGGAGAACAGCCCACCGCUGCUCCACGAGGUCGUCGCUUUGCCGGCGCUGAUCGGCGGAUCCUGGAUCAGUCCCUCCUGCGAGAGCCACCCCGGCGGCGUCUGGCUCCGGCGUCAACUCCGCAUCUACGCCGGCGACAAGCUCUGGACCGGCCGCUGGGACUACUUCAGCGACUCGCGCUGCAACAACUUCCUCUACGGCAUCACCGCGGCCGGCAGCUACGUCCAGCGAGCGCGUCGCCAUCGUCGCCACGACGUGGACGUCGGCAACGACGACAACGACCUCCUCGAGAUGGAAGUCCUCUCCCGCAGCAAGCGUCAGGCUGACCGAGACGCCGAGAGGAGCAAAAAGUCCGUCGCCGAGUGGCUCACCGACAAGCUAGCCAAGGACCUGUACGACAUCUACACUGAGGAGAAGAGCCGGCAGCACCUGAGGCCGCCGUCCUCCGAGGAGAUCCGCGAGGCUCUGCACCGCGGGAAAGUCAGUCCCGACGAGAUAGAUCCCAGCGUGUUUCCGGUCCCGGUCGUGGGCAACAACGAGUUACCCCGAGACAAGCGCAGCGUCGACGAGGUCGACUACUACCGGCAGCUGCUGCAGAGCGCCCAGCCCUCGAUGGCCGAGUCGUUCGCGGCGAUGCUGCGCGGCAACCAGCGCCGCGAGGAGACGACCAAGCGGCCGCUCCAGUCCGUCACGCCGACCGGCACCACCGAGCUCGACCUCCACGUCGCCGAGAGCAUCCUAAUCGCCGGCGAUGUCAACCUGGCCCGCCGCUGCGGUGCCGCUCUGCACGACGGCACGCCCAAGAGCUCGCGGCUGGCCAGCUGGCCUGCUAGCUGCGUACCGCACUCGCUGGACGCCCCGUCGACCCUGGGACUGAGGGCCAGGGUCAGCGUCGACUGGUACGGCCAGUACACGCUGCUCCUCGGAUCCAGGGACAAGAGUCUCUGGGACGCGCCGCUCAUGCAGUGCGGACCGACGAGCAUGAAGAACCCGCUGCUGAGGUCCCACCUCAGGAGGAGCGUCGGACUCAGGUUCGGGAUACUGUUCAACUCGGCGUCGAGAAGCGCGACCGGCGGCUUCUGGACAGCGAUGCUGGUGCUUGUGCUCGCGUGGCUCAGGUGCUGAAGAUCCGAGUGAAGUGCGAACGCGGACAAUGACAGUUUUAAGUUUGCUUUGGUUUUGUUUUUACUUAGCUUUAUUGCGAGGACUAUCUAGAUUGUAUCAGCAAAAUGGGAGUAAAUUAUCGUGUAAAUAGAUCACAGAGUCCGCCCCGGUAGUGGAGUCGUCUGCGAAUUCGAGAAUCUAAUGGCCCAACUAUUCCGCACAUCCAGAAACUCUUAAAUCAGCCUAUCUCCCGAUCUGACAUGAACAAAUUGAAGCUAGCGCCGCUCUUUUUAAUCACGAGCUCGCCGCGCGACAUCAAAGAGCAGAAGCCGCCGUGGAAACGUUAAACGCGUUAAUUAGGCGCUUUCACGCAGUAACAAUUUCACUCCUCUCGAGCGAGGAGAGGCGAAGAAAAAAGCCGAGCAAGGAACUUACACUAUCCGGCGAGCGACUCUGUGAUAAAUCCUCGUAUAAAUAAUAUAUUCCCUCUAUCGGAUCCUGUAAAUAUGUAAAUAGCCGUGAGCAGCUCUCGCUGCGGAGUUGCGUAUACCGGACUAGACUAGACCGUAGAUUAGAACUAGUUUUCGAAACCAGACUCGAAAGAAGGGACGAACGCCAACCAGUGAUCUUUUAGGCUUAAGCGAGAAAGAGAGAAAGGAUAUAGAGAAGAAAAAAGCGAGGCGGGCGCCGCUGCCGCCGCGGCGACUUUGAUCCGCGCUCACGACGCCGCUCGCGCUUGUAAAUACCGAAGAUUACGUCGCCAACGAUCGCGUCUCCUGUAUAUGAGAGAAAUCGAUCGUUCAGUGACCUUAACGAGCAGUAGAUCUCAAGAGUGAUGCGACUUAGUUGUAAAAUUAGGUUUAAGGAGACUCGACGAUAAGAGCCUCAGUGGCUCCGUCGUGUGAGAUGGGCUUUUCCAGUGACAAAAUUAGAAGCGGACGAGACGCUCGAGUGUGACGCUCGCGAUCGGCCGCGAUAGUUAUAAUUGUGUAAGUGUAAGUUCGAUUUUAAACGUACGAAUUUGAAUCGAAAGUUAGUGGAUAAGGAAAAAUGAGAAAAAGUAUCAAUCUCGAUUAUCAAAAUUGUAAACGUAAUAAAUUUAUGUAUCUCCCCCAAAUGCGCGUGCCAAGAGCCGAUAGUGUAUACUGAUUACCACUUACACUACUUCCAUAAUCUGUGUCAAAUAAAUAAAAACUAAAAUUGAACUUUACAGUAGUAGAAUAUUGGCGCGCCGAUCACAACUGUACCACAGUUUGUAAAUACCGAUUUUCAUGUUUACGCCUGAUGCGCAGACAGCCUGUACAUAUACAUCCACCUAAUUUAAGCUUUUGAUAUCAUUUGUACGACUUGCGGCUCCGUCGCAUACACUUGAAUGAAUUAAAAAAUCUCUCACAUGAGCAAAC